AUGAAGGUCCCCAAACCGCUUCGACCGAAGCCUGCCCCGCCAAAGUUUGGCCAGGACAAGGUGCUACCAGAGAAGACUGUAAAUCCGUGGUCGAGAUUGUUGUUUGGAUGGGUGACGCCGUUCUUGGCUGCUGGAUUCUCGAGGCCGUUGGAGAAAGAUGACUUUUGGCGACUUCGCGAUUCUGAUCUGAGUGCCUUGGUGACGGACAAGGUCGAGCAAAGCUACUAUGCCCGCUGUCCUCCAGAAAAGAGACCUCGACAUCUUCAAGAACAGACGAAUGAAGAGAUAUCCGAGAAGCCCGGGGAUGAAGAGUCAUUGAAGAAAGACGACGCGACCGCGACAGAGACUUCUGCAAAGAGUCCAUACGACGAAUCGCUCUUCAAGGCGCUACAUUCAACAUUCAAAGUCGAGUUCUGGAUAGCGGGUGUCUUCAAGUUGAUUGCAGAUAUUCUGAGGGCCACGACGCCCCUUGUGACGAGGGUUUUGCUGCAGUGGCUUGAACAAUCGUACUAUUAUCAUCGUCUUCCGGAAUCUGAGAGGGAGGGGCUUGAACGUCCCCAUGGAGUUGGGUAUGGCAUUGGGCUUGGUUUCGCGGUGUUUGCCAUGCAACAGGUGGCCAGUUUGUUGAACAAUCACUUCAUGCAAAUCGCGAUGACCAUCGGUCUUUCUGUUCGAACUGGGCUUAUCGGUGCUAUCUUCAGAAAAGCUCUUCGCAUCUCAGGCAAAGGUCGUAUCAGCCACAAUGCCGGCCAAAUCACUACAAUGAUUUCCACCGACACUACUCGACUUGACCGUUUCGUCGGCUUUGCGCAUAUUCUAUGGACUGCUCCCAUCCAGCUUGCCAUUGGAAUUGGUUUGGUUAUCGGAGUGCUCGGAUAUUCGGCACUCGUUGGUUUGGGCGUUCUCAUCAUCGGUCUACCAAUCCAGAUCAUUCUCGUCAGAAUCAUGUUUAUUCAGCGAUCUAAGGGAGUGAAGUAUACCGACAAGAGGAUCAGGUUGACCAACGAGGUUCUUCAAGGCAUUCGCCUGGUCAAGUUCUUCUCAUGGGAACCCUUCUACGUUGACCAAAUGAUCGAACUGCGUGCUGGUGAAAUCUGGGCGUUGAAGCUGACUGCGGUUGCACGAUCGGCGAUGAUUGCCAUGAUGACUUUCAUCCCCAUUUUGGCUUCCGUCCUUUCCUUCAUCACCUACGCAUUGACUGGUCACGCCCUCGAUGUCGCCACCAUCUUCAGCGCCCUCCAGCUGUUCAACAUCAUCCGAAUUCCUCUGCUCUUCUUCCCCUUCGUUCUCGCCUCUUACUCCGACGCAUUGGUCGGAGCCAAGCGUAUCAGCGCAUUCCUCACCGCAGAGGACCUGCCCAAGCCCUAUGCCAUGGAACAAGAGUUCGAACUGGCGAUUGACGCGGAGGGUGACUUUGCAUGGGAAACAGUAGGCUCGCCUGACCAUGGAGAUGGGAAGAAGAAAGACAAAGACAAGGCGAAGGAUAAAGCUAGUUCGGACAAGGGGUCUAAGAAUGGCAAGAAGGGUGAAAGUGAAUUGCCGACGCAUGUGGAUGAGAAGUCUUCGUUGAAGGAGAAGGAGAGUGUGAAGGAGGAGGAGAAGCCGUUUGAGUUGAAGAAUCUCAAUUUGAAGGUUGCGAAAGGCUCGUUUAUUGGUAUUGUCGGAAGGGUUGGAUCUGGAAAGAGUUCCGUCCUUCAAGCUCUCAUUGGCGAGAUGAGGAAGACACGAGGCAAUGUUAAAUUCGGAGGCUCGGUUGCAUAUGCCCCUCAAAACGCCUGGAUCAAGAAUUCGACGCUGCGAGAGAAUAUCUUGUUUGGACAGGAAUUUGACGCGGAGAGGUACCAUGCUGUGAUUCGAGCGUGCAACUUGGAGAGGGACAUUGAGAACCUUCCGGAAGGCGACCAAACUGAGAUUGGAGAGAAGGGUAUCAACCUUAGUGGUGGUCAAAAGGCACGCGUAUCCCUUGCGCGAGCGGCGUAUUCCAAAUCGGACAUGGUGCUCUUGGACGACCCCCUUUCGGCUGUGGACGCUUACGUCGGCAAGGCCAUCCUCGAUAACUGCUUGCUGAAUGGUCCUUUGGCGAAUAGGACGAGGGUUCUUGUGACUCAUUCUCUGCAUGUCCUUGAUAAAUUGGACUAUAUCUAUGUCAUGGACCAUGGGCAGAUUAUCGAGCAGGGGACAUACGACGAUCUCAUGGCGAAUAGCGUUGUCUUCUCUCAUCUCGUUGAGGAGUAUGGAAACACUGACUCGGAUGACGAUUCUGUGCAUGCGGAGAAGCAGAUUGUCGGUCGGGAUCGUGCCAAUAGCAAAGCUAAUCGAGAUGGACCUCAAGAAAAUGGUGAUGCUGUAGAGGGCAAGAAGGGUUCUGGAGCACUCAUGCAGGACGAAGAACGAGAAAAGGGUUCUGUGGGGUGGUAUGUCUUUGCUAGCUAUUUGAGAGCUGCGGGUGGCUUGUAUUGGGGAGUUUGGCUCUUGACUGGGCUUACGCUUUCUCAAGCGGCUAAUGUUGGUAACACCUUGUUCCUGGGCUUCUGGACUGCGGAGAGUAUUCCUGGGUUUAAGCAAGGACAUUAUAUGGCGGUUUAUGGAGGCCUUGGUGUCGCUUUAGCCCUGAUCACGUUUGUGCUGUGCUUCUCGUUCACGCUUGCGGCUUUGAGGGCCAGUUUCUCCUUGUUCCGUGGUGCGCUGAAUGGAGUUCUUUACUCGCCCGUGUCGUUCUUUGAUACCACUCCUAUGGGCCGUAUCAUUUCUCGAUUCUCUAAGGACCAGGAUACCCUCGAUACCGAUAUGUCGAUGAUUUCGUUCCAGUUCGCCAAUACCCUUUUCAGCGUGUUUGGAACUAUCGCCUUGGUGUUCUAUACCUUCCCAUACCUUGGUAUUGCGUUCGUUCCGUUGGCCAUCUUUUAUCAGCUGGUCUCGGUGUACUACCGGACUUCAGCUGUCGAGAUCAAGCGAUGGGAUUCGGUUCUUCGUUCGCUUUUGUACUCGUCGUAUUCGGAGAGUUUGACGGGUUUGUCGACCAUCCGAGCUUAUCGAGUUCAGGGACGUGCUGUUUCGGAUGCGGAGGAUGGACUCGACUACCAGAAUCGGGCGUACUAUAUGAUGAUCACUAUCCAGCGGUGGUUGGCGGUGCGCCUUGACCUUAUUGGAAACCUCCUGCUGCUUGGUAUCGUCCUGUUCGCUGCUGGGUUUAGGAAUAGUGUCAAUCCGGCGAGGAUUGGUGUUGUGUUGACGUAUACUUUGAGCAUCACCCAAUUCUUUUCGGAAAUGGUCGCACAGUACGCGCAGAUCGAGCAGAACAUGAAUGCGGUGGAACGUGUGCUGCAUUAUGCCGACUUGCCUUCGGAAGGGGAGCGUCAGACUUCGCAGGACCCGCCGCCUUCUUGGCCGGAGAAGGGGGAGAUUGAGUUUAAGAAUGUUGAGCUUGCGUAUAGGGAGGGUUUGCCGCUUGUUUUGAAGGAUGUUAGUUUCCAGAUUCGACCUGGAGAGAAGGUUGGUAUUGUCGGACGAACGGGUGCUGGCAAGAGUUCCCUGUUGCAGGCUCUCUUCCGGAUGGUCGAGGUACAGAGCGGCAAGAUCGAGAUCGACGGUGUCAACAUUAGGACUAUUGGUCUUGAGAGUUUGAGGACGAGGUUGGCGUUGGUUCCUCAGGACAGUGUGUUGUUCCUUGGAACUUUGCGAGAUAACUUGGAUCCAAAACGUACACGAACGGACGCUGAACUCAUUCAGGUUCUUCAGCGGGCGUGGUUGUUGCCCAAGGAUGGUACUGUCGACCCUGCGGCUGAAGCCAAGUUCAGCCUUGACGCUAUUGUUGGAGAUGAAGGAUCCAACUUUAGUGUCGGCGAAAAGCAGUUGCUGGCUUUGGCGCGUGCGUUGGUCAAGAACAGUCGAAUCAUCGUUUUGGACGAGGCGACGAGUAGUGUUGAUGUGGAAACCGAUGCCAAGCUCCAGAGGACCAUUCAGACCGAGUUCACGACGUCCACUCUCCUGUGUAUCGCGCAUAGGUUGAACACUGUCGCGUAUUAUGACCGCGUUAUGGUGAUGGACCAAGGCAAAGUGGCGGAAUUCGACACUGUGCUGAACUUGUUUGAUAAAGAAGAUUCUAUCUUCCGUUCGUUGUGCGAUGAAGCCAAUUUGCAGCGCGCGGAUAUCCUUAGAAUUCGUUCGGAACACCAAAAACUACUCGAGUGA